GGUGGUGCAGGGGAACGGCACCGGGAGCAGUUCCGGGAACUGUUCCGGGAGUAGCCCGGCUCCGGUACAAAGUGCUGUUCUCUCAUCUCAGGAGUUCAUGGGCCAGAAAACUGAAAGCAGAUAAUUCCUGGGAAAUACUCCAGAAUCUGGCUUCUGGGUAAUACCAGGUGACUGUGGUCACGUCAAGCUCAGCUUGGUACAAUGGCUACAGUAGCCCAGAAGCACUUUUUGGAAGGGCAGACAUACUCAGUGCCCCUGAUCCAGCCCGACCUACGAAGAGAGGAGGCUGUGCAGCAGGUGGCAGAUGCACUUCAGUAUCUGCAAAAGGUGUCAGGCGAUAUCUUCACCAGGAUCUCUCAGCGGGUGGAGGCCAGCCGGGCACAGCUCCAGGCAAUUGGGGAGAGAGUCACACUUGCCCAGGCCAAGAUUGAGAAGAUAAAGGGCAGCAAGAAGGCUAUUAAGGUGUUUUCCAGUGCCAAGUACCCAGCCCCUGAACGGCUGCAGGAGUACAGUUCAAUUUUUGCUGGUGCAGAAGACCCAGCUAAACAGAAGUGGCCAAGACACAAGAUUCAGAGCAAACACCGAAUGCUGGAUGAAAAAGCUCUGCAGGAAAAGCUCAAGUAUUUCCCUGUGUGCGUGAGCACCAAAAUUCACCAGGAGGAUGAUGCAGAAGAAGGCCUUGGCAGCCUUCCCAGGAACAUCAGCUCCCUCAGCUCCCUGCUACUCUUCAAUACCACCGAGAACCUGUACAAGAAGUAUGUUUUCCUGGAUCCUCUGGCUGGAGCAGUGACCAAGACCCAUGUGGCUCUGGAAACAGAGACAGAAGAGAAACUCUUUGAUGCACCUCUCUCCAUCACCAAAAGGGGACAGCUGGACCAACAGGUUGCUGAAAAUUACUUCUACGUGCCAGAUCUGGGCCAGGUCCCUGAGAUUGAUGUGCCCUCCUACCUGCCAGACCUGCCUGGCAUUGCUGCAGAUCUCAUGUACAGUGCCGACCUGGGCCCUGGCAUUGCACCCUCUGCUCCCAGCAGCGCUAUUCCAGAGCUGCCCACUUUCAACACUGAGUCGGUCGAGCCUUUGCAACCAGAUCUUCAAGAUGCUGAGCUACUGCCACCUCCUCCCCCUCCGCCUCCCCCACCACCUCCUGUUUUGCCAGCUCCAGUGCCUCCUCCACCGCCCCUGCCCCAGCCCACAGCACCCUUGGAACCGGCUGGCACAGUGAGCGAGGAGAGCAGCAAUGCAGUGCCUGCAGCUUCAGUCCAAGGAGCCCCAAAGGAGGUGGUGAACCCCUCUACUGGGCGUGCCAGUCUCCUGGAGUCCAUCCGCCAGGCUGGGGGCAUUGGGAAGGCCAACCUUCGCAGCGUCAAGGAGAGGAAACUGGAGAAAAAGAAGCAGAAGGAACAAGAACAAGUGAGAGCUACAGGACAAAGUGGAGAUUUGAUGUCAGACCUCUUCAACAAGCUGGUGCUGAGACGCAAAGGUAUUUCAGGGAAAGGACCGGGAGCCUCUGGGAAUGCCGAUGCUCCUGGCAGUCCUGCUGGUGCCUUUGCUCGUAUGUCAGACUCGAUACCACCCCUCCCACCUCCGCAGCCGCCCGUAGCUGUAAACAAGUGGGUGCCCGCUGCUACUCUCUCCACCUGCCUCAGAUCUACACCCAGUUUCCCUCCUGGCUGUGGUGCUGAAAGGCUGCCUCACCAUCACAGCACUCAGAUACUGAACAGCAAACAUCCACAAAGGAGGCAGAGAUUUUUAUGAAGUCCAUGGUACAGAAAGGCAGCAACUUGUGUUAUGUUACCUAGUCUUCAGAGGUGUAACUCACAAUGACAAAUACCAUCUGUUCUCUGGUCCACAUCACAAAGCAUCCAACUUGCCUCGAUGGAACUGGGAACACACAAAACCAG